UUAGUGAAAAACUUUAUAAAAUUACAUAAAAGUUAUAAAUUACAAACUAAUUUCAUUCUUGUUUGUUAAGUUGAAGGCAUGCAAAAUAUGAUUAAAAUCAUUAGAAAUAUUUCUUUUAGAUCUUCCAUUCGCCGGUUUGCACCGGAGGUGUCGAACCUUAAUCUCUUGCAUGGUAAAAGUUUUGCUAGAUCUAUAUUCACAUGCGAAGUGCUAUUCAAGAGACGAAAAACUGCCGAAGAAAAGAAAUCCCAAAGAAUCAUAGAAUAUUCCCCAAAAAAGAAAAAUUCUCCAGAUUUGCCAGGCGUAGUAGAGAUAUGGCGGCAUAUGACUGUAGAUCAGUUAUCAAAAUCUACAAGUCGUUCUUUGGAAGAUGUCCAGGAAGCCAUGUUGUUUGUUAAAGAUGCAGACAAUAUUGAACCAUCUGCACAAUUGCAUGACAUAAAAGUCAUACAAGAAAUUGUUAAAAAACUUGGGGCUAGAGUUCGUAUCGUAGCAGCACCAACAUCUGCUACCUCAGAAAUCGAAAGUAAAGAUAAGGAUGUGUUUCCAAGGCCUCCAGCUACUGCAGAACAACUGAGGCCACGUCCCCCUGUGGUAACCGUUAUGGGGCAUGUAGAUCAUGGCAAAACAACAUUGUUAGACUCAUUGCGUGGAGCUGAUGUUGCAUCUGGCGAAGCUGGUGGAAUAACCCAACAUAUAGGAGCAUUUACAGUGAGUUUGGAAAACGGAGAUAAGGUAACGUUUCUCGAUACACCAGGUCACGCAGCGUUCAGUUCAAUGAGAGCGCGAGGAGCAAUAGCCACAGAUAUUAUUGUUUUAGUUGUAGCAGCUGAAGAUGGUGUGAUGGCUCAAACUAAAGAAGUAAUACAGUUGGCAAAAGAAGCUAAUGUUCCCAUCAUUGUUGCCAUUAAUAAAAUCGAUAAACCUGAAGCUAAUAUUGAGAAAACAAAACAAGAACUCUCUCAAAUGGGUUUGAGCUUAGAGGAACAUGGCGGCGAUAUUCAAGUAAUACCAAUUUCAGCAACGAAGGGCACAAAUCUUCCAUUGCUAUCAGAAGCAGUUAGUACACAGGCGACGCUAAUGGGUUUAAAAGCUGACUUCACAGGUCUGAUGGAAGGAGUUGUUGUGGAAUCUAAAACAGAUCCAAGACGAGGAAAGCUUUCUACUGCUAUUGUUAAACGGGGAACUUUACGCAAAGGAUCAGUCUUAGUUAGUGGACUUGCGCAUGCCAAAGUUAGAGGACUAUUUGAUCAUAACGGUAAGCCAUUGGAUAAAGCAGAACCAGGCACACCUGUGGAAAUAUUAGGAUGGCGAGAACUUCCGCUUGCAGGAGAUUUAAUUCUGGAAGUUGAUACAGAGAAAAAGGCUCAUUCUGUCCUUAGAUAUCGAACACACGAAGCUCAAAAAGAAAAAGCAGAACAGAGUCUUGAAGAAAUACGCAAAAAAGAAGAGGAACAUUUGGAAAGAUAUCGAGCAGAAAGAGAUGCCCGUCGCUUAGCUGGUAGAUUCCGUUUAAGGCAUGGCCCCAGGUCCAAAGAGACAUUACCAGAUGACGGUACACCUCGCGUCAGUGUAAUAAUCAAAGGAGAUGUACAUGGCUCGGUCGAAGCCAUACUUGAUGUUUUAGAAACAUAUAGUGAAAACGAUAAAUGUCGUUUGGAUGUAGUUCAUUAUGGCGUUGGAAAUGUGUCAGAGUCAAAUAUUGAAUUGGCAAACUCUUUCGACGCAAUCGUUUAUGCCUUUUCUGUUGAACCGCCUGCUAAAGUAACUGGUGACGUUUCCAUACGAGUUUGUGAUAUCAUAUAUCGUUUAAUUGACGACCUAAAAGAAGAAAUCAGCAAUAAACUGCCUCCAUUAAAAGUAGAAGAUAUAUCCGGAGAAGCAAAUGUUUUACAACAGUUUUCUAUUACGGAGGGACGAAAAGAAGUACCAGUUGCAGGUUGUCGAUGCACAAAAGGUGUAUUGAAAAGGGCACACCAAUUUCGUUUAAUGCGAAAUGGAGAAACCAUUUACGAUGGACCUCUUGAAUCUAUGAGACAUUUAAAAAAUGAAGUAGAUUCAAUUAAAAAAGACGUUGAAUGCGGCAUACGCUUAAAAGACACCAACAUCAUACCUCAGCCUGGUGAUAUUAUAGUUUGCUAUUCAACACAUAUGGAGCCACAAAAGACUGAUUGGGAUCCAGGCUUCUAAUGUUCCUCAUGUAAAUAAAUAAGCAAAUAAUUCAAUGAUUUUUUUCUGUAAAUGAGUUCCAUAUUGCAAAUAUAAAAAUUAUGCUAAAGCGUGA